CUUUUCGACGAAGCCAUCUGGUAGCCAUAAACAUUCUUCUUCCUCUCCAUGUGGAGAUCUCAGAGCCCAUAUCAAACUACACUUGGAUGUCUCUAGUCCACUUGCCAUCUCUACCACUUCUUCCGCGUACAAAUGAUUCUAACUCCAAAAUUAAAUUGCAUGAUUGUUCAACACAUAACCCGAAGUUCCAAAGAACCUGAAGCCUAAUUCAGAAGGUGGUUGAACAGAAGAAACAAAAAAAUUCUGAAAAUGGGAAUUUUUUUUACCAGCCUUUUUGUGGUAAUGUAAUCCCUGGCUACAAAUAUAUUUAGCGACAAAGCAACCUCCAGAAUGCAUGAAGCCAUAGAUAACCAACUCGGGUCUAAUGUCUUUGAGUAUCAUAACAAAUACUGGAGGAGCUGCAUUGUCCAGAGCUUGUCGCAGGAUCAGGUGGAGAUGGGAUGGAAGGCCAUUUGUGGAAUUAUAACGAGGUCCGGAGAAGAAGGAAGAUGAAGCUCGACUAGCUGAAUGUGGUCAUCUUCAUCAACUCUGUCUUGAUAGAAGCUUGGUUGAUUAGUCUAAAACAAAGAUAUAUGAAGAAGAAGCCUCUGUUUAGCUAGCCAUGUUACAAUUUUUUUAUGUUCAUAAUUAAAGUUUUAUUUUGAUAAAAUCAUGUUGGCUAGCCAUGAAUAGAUACUGCGAAAUCAAAACAUCUACAUUUACCUCGUGCCAGAGGUGCCGAUGCUAGAAUGAUGAGAUAGUCUCGUACAAAAGCACAAAAUUUAGAUACCUGGAAUAAGCACAACUUCUGGCAUGUCGUCAUUAACAAGAAACAUUUGUUUUCAUAUGUCUUAUCAUUACUCAGGACAAUAGGGUAAGUUUCAAAACUAAAGUUAGGGACAACAGUAUAUUUCUUAGGUGUUUACGGAAAACCCCAAUAUUCCAUCUGUAAUCAUGUCGAUUUUAUCAGGCACAAUAAAGACAAUACUCAAUCAAUCUUAUUUUUUGGCUUAAGCCCAUAAUUGUUCAGUCAAGUGUUCCUCAGGAUCAUACUGCGCAAACUACAUUUUUCUUUUUUGCUCUUUAAUGUUUCUGCAGAAAUUCUAGCAUCAAGUUCCAGAGAGAAAUAUUUCUAUCUGUAUGUCCAUGGAAACUCAGAGUGUAGUUGUGAUUCAAGAUGCAUCAAGUGAAGCUUGUUGGGAGGCCAUCAGAUGGGUCUUGCACGGCUUAUCUUUGAAGACGGGGGACAUGGUCACUCUCAUUUCAGUUCUUACCCGGCCUCAUAAUACUAGUUCAAGGUCUUACAUGGGAACUAAGAAAUCGGUUGGAUACAUGAGCCGAGAGGAUAGUCCAAUGCUUGGAGCAAAUCACGAAACAGUGGAAGAUCUAACUGCAAAGAAGAUGGAAGAGUAUCAAAACAGCCUAGAACACAUUCGGAUCACCAAGCUAUAUCACAUCCAAAAGGUCUUGUUCAACGUCAUGGUACUGGAUGCAGGACACUCGGCAAAGGUGGUUGCUUUAGAAGCAGCUAAGCAACUAAGCGCGACAUGGGUGAUACUUGACAGGAAAAUAAAGAAAGACCAAAGGUAUUUCCUUGAAAGACUGUCCUGUGGAAUAUCAAAGAUGAAACGCCACAACAGCAUUGAAAAAUUAAGAGGGCCUAAAGAAAAUAAGAUUAGCAGGAAUCUGUCAGUAAUACGAUGUUCGUAUGAUGAGAUGUUACCAGGACCUGAGGACGGUGAUGAUCUUUUCAGCAUAGAACUCUAUCCUCUAGAUUUAAGUUCAAGUGAAGGGAGUACCCAAUCAAGAACCUCCAGUUUAUGUGAAGAUGUGACCACUGCUUACUUCGAUCUUGGUGGAAGUGGGAGAAUAGCAACUGAAGCAAACAUGAAUUAUCUUGAAAACAAAAUAACAUGCAACAACAGCACAGAAGAAUCUAUCAGAUGUUUGAAUACUAAUUACAUGUCUGAUAAUUCACUAUGUUCAAUCUGCAAGAAUAGAAGGCCAUCGAUCUUUUUUGAAAGUGAAUUUUCCUACGCAAAGAUUAUUGAUGCAACUGGUGGGUUUUCUCCCAGCAACUUGAUUUCUGCUGGUGAACACGGAUCUGUUUACAGAGGUACCCUAUCAAAUGCCGUAAAAGUUGCUAUUAAAGAACAAAAGUAUACGAGCUUCCAGUGGGAGAAGAAAUAUGAAUUGGAAGUUGAGGUAAUUAGAAGUAUCAGACACAACAAUGUGGUCAUGCUGCUGGGAUCCUGUUCAGAAGAUAGCAAAAGGUUUCUUAUUUACGAGUAUCUGUGUUACGGUUCGCUAAACCAACACAUAGAAGAUCAGAGGUGCAGAACUUUGACCUGGAAAGAAAGGCUGACAAUUUUGCUUGGUGCCUCGAGAGGUUUAUACUAUUUGCACAGGAACAACAUAAUCCACCGAGACAUAAGGCCAAAGAAUAUAUUUCUGACCCAUGACCAUGAACCACUGCUAGGAGGCUUUGGACUAGAAAGAACAGAAUAUGAAUCAGAUCCCUCAUGCAAUCACCAAGUAAUAGGUACUUCCGCGUACAUGGCACCAGAAUAUGCAGAAAGUGGGCACUUAACAACCAAGGCAGACGUGUAUGCAUUCGGGGUUGUUCUACUAGAGUUGGCCACAGGCCGGAAUACUACAGAAAAGACGAUAGAGAAGGGAGGCUUGUUGGAAUGGGCAAGACCUCACAUAAAGGAAAGCAAGUAUGCUGAGUUGAUUGAUCCCAGAAUUGUCAACCCCAGUGAGGCUUACCAAUUCUUUCUGAUGAUGCGAUUAAUAGAAAAAUGUCUCCGCGAGGAUCCACAUAAAAGAUUGUCAAUGGAUGAGGUGGUUUUAACACUAGAACACAUCAUGGAAGAGAAUUCACGGAGCGAAGCCAAAAAACUCAGACGUCAAGACUCGGACUUAUCAAGCAUCGUAUCAAAGACGAAAGAAUCUACAGAACAAGUAAAAGCUCAUAACAACUCAUCAGAAUCAAGCAAUAACAAGUCAUCAGAAUCAACAGCGACAGUGUCAGGUAGAAGAUCAAACGCGAGUUCUAGCUCCUGGGCUGACAGACGUAACAGUUUCAAAGGUUUUUUUAAGAAUGGACCACAAAUAUUUUACGAUGAAAUGCUCGGCUGAAUUAAUAUAUAUUUCUUCAUCCUAAUUACAAGUUCAUCACAAACAAUGAUAGAAAGACUUUGGGGUUAUGAUUUUAGAAUGGUGAUUUCGUAUCCGAAAGAAUAUUAGAACGGAGGAGCUUAGAGCAUCUCCAACCAUCUAAAACUCUUGCUAAAAGAUGAGUUGGCAUACUUUUUUUUUUUUUUUUUUACUGAAAUGCACUUGCCCGC